CGCCUCCAACUGGCGCGGGGCGGUGUGCCCGGCCGCGCGUGCCCGGGGAUGUGCUGCAACGAUGGGGAAGGCAGCAGGCGAUGAGACGUACUUCCAGAGGGGCAGUCUGUUCUGGCGCACCGUCAUCACCCUCUCCCUUGGCUACUACACCUGGGCUGUCUUCUGGCCUGAGAGUAUUCCUUAUCAGAGCCUCGGGCCCCUGGGCCCCUUCACUCAGUACUUGGUGGACCAUCAUCACAGCCUCCUGCGCAAUGGGUAUUGGCUUGCCUGGCUGAUUCACUUGGGGGAGUCCUUGUAUGCCAUGGUAUUGUGCAAGUCUAAAGGCAUCACAGAUGGUUGGGCUCAACUCCUCUGGUUCUUACACACGUUCCUCUUUGGGAUAGCAUCUCUCUCCAUCUUGAUUGCUUACCGACCGAAACGCCGAAAACAAACUUAAAGAAGAUAUCCAGAAGCUUUCUCUACACUUUGAUCAACCCUGCCUUUUUUGGGGAGUGCUGUAUUUACUCAAACUUCCUACUUUCUAAAAAGUUAAGACCCUCUAGUUAUGUAUUAUUCUUUCAUACCCUCUGGUUAAGCUUGAGUACAUAACAGGAAAAGAUUUUAGCUUUCCAAGUCUGCAGACUGACCUGCUUGGCGGAGGGGCUUCCAGCUACCUUCUUGAGGCCCUUGGCUGUGUUGGUGCUCUCCCUGUCAUCUGGUUUAAGCCAGAUACUAAAUUUGCCUGUUGGCAUACCUUUGCUCCCACUUUCUGAUUAAAACACCUUACCCUUACCA